ACCUUCUCAUCUCCGUUUGUUUACAUCGAAGUUCUUUGUACGGGUUGUGUUUAGUGUUUGAAACUAUUUUUCAGUUCGUUUUGAGAAACUUUUUGGUACAAUUUAUGGCCUUUUACGUGCCUAGGAGGAAAAAUCAACAAUUAAGACCACUCGCCCCUAAACAGUACUAGAUUUCGAUCUCGGAUGACGACUGCUAACGACCCAAAAAAGAUGGACCGAAAGCACAGAAGAAAGCGUAAAAUCUCCAAAAUAAUGUACGUUUCAUAAUAAUGAAUUUGAUUACUAUCCCGGGGGGAUUUUUAGAGAUCUUCAAGGCUUCAAAGUCGCUUUGAAAUGUUAGGUCUUCCCCUCAGCUUUCUUCACAUGGAGGAGUACGUGAAACCUGUAUACAACGAAGACGAAAGAGAAGUAAAACGGGAAAUGAACGUAUCGAUUGACUCGAUUAAGCCGGCCGGCCUCUGUAGACGGUGUCAGGAUUUUUAUGACCAGCACGGAUUCUUAUCACCCCACGAUUCAUGCUUGGAUUGUUUGAAAUUAAUAGAAACGGCGGAUAAGAGACCGACGUGUCGGGUCUGCUCAAUGCAGGAUUGUCAUUGCGAGGGGUAUCAGUGCGCUUAUUGCAACCAGAAUUUUCCGACGACUUUCCUCCUCCAGAAGCAUACGUUUAUUCAUUGUGCGGAUUCGUCUAGGCCUGCGAGUGAAACUGACGAGGAGGGCAAAGAGCUCCAGUGUCAGGAGUGCCAUAAGACUUUUGAACUGUUUGAGCCGUCUCGGCACAAUUGCUCCUCCAAAUUCAUCUGCCAUAUCUGUGGGGGAGGCCUCAGCUCGGCCUACAACCUCAGAAUACAUCUGAUGAAGCAUUCCGGAGACCUCCCUCACAAAUGCGAUACGUGUGGAAAGUCUUUCAGCAAGCCGAGUGAGUUGGUGCGCCAUAACAGGGUACACUCAGGUCUGAGACUGGCUUCUAGGCCUGGCCUCAAAUCGUACCCUUGUGAAGUUUGUAACAAACCUUUCACUAGACCGGCAGAUUUGCGCAGGCAUGUUCUCACUCACAGUGGUACUCGCCCUUUUGCUUGUUCUGUAUGCGGCCUCGCCUUCUGUGAUACGUCAAAUCUCAAAAAGCACAUAGCGACUCAUAUGAAAGAUGGAGGGCACCAACUACAAGCAAAAACGUACCACUGCUCUUACUGUACAAAACUCUUUUCCAGACCUUCGGAGUUGAAAAGACACUUUGCAACCCACACAAAUUCAAGGCCUUUUUCUUGUGAUUUUUGCGGAUUGGCGUUCGGUGAUACUUCAAAUUUAAGAAAACACAUCACGAGUCAUGCCAGAUCUGGCUUAAAGAACUGUGUCAUCUGCUCUGCCAUCUUCGACACUUUUGAGGACCUCGAAGUGCACAUUGCGACACAUCCAAAAACGACUGAGGAGCAAUCAGAGUGUGUCCGCUGUGAUAUAUGUGGCAAAUCUUUUUCCUCAGAACUUUACCUUUCUGGGCACAGAGCUGGCCAUACCGAAGCCAGGCCCUAUCCUUGUUCGCAGUGCCUCAAGACAUUCAAAUCUCUAUCCCAUCUUAAAAACCACAUACUGACUCAUACAGGGGACCGGGGCCAUGUGUGUAGCACAUGUGGUAAAGCGUUUUUAACAAAGUCAAGUCUACGUAGACAUGAGACUAUACAUUCCAGAUCUUUGCCACUUGUGCCACAGCAAUAUUACAAUAACGGUAGUGAAAACUUAAUUUUGUCCGUUGCAGAAAAAAUAGUGGAUGAUGAUCAAAGGGUUGAUCAAGAUAUACCUUGUUCCCAGUAAAUUCAAUUUUAUAUUUUAACAAGAAACACAUUUGUAUCAUUAAUAUUAUGUAUAUAGGCAUAUUUACACUAAAAACAUUAUGACUAAAUUAUGAUUCUAUUGGAAUAUGAUUGUGCCGUGAAAACAAUUACAUUACUUGAAUAGUGUUUGAAAUUCAAUACAUAUUGAAAUUAAAGAAAUCUUUUUUUCUUAAAUAUGAA